AGAAACGGGGUGAAGUGUUUGGAAUGCAUCAAAGGGGUGAAGCAGAGAAGAUCUGAAGAAGAUCACCUUUUAUCUGAUAUCCUCUUUUUUUAUUGCAGAGGAGCAAAAGCAGAGACGCAUGGAAUCACGUUUAGAAUUCAAAUCAGCGUGAAAGAACUGCUGGAUACCGAUGUACUUUUAAAGCUGUUAUUUCACUUACCAGUCAAUUAUCCAUCAACUCUGCCAGAUAUUUCUGUUAACUCAGACCAGCUUACAAGGGCCCAGUGUAUGGAUGUGAAAGAUAAAUUACUUGAGCAAGCAAAGAAACAUCUUUCUGAACCCAUGGUACACGAGCUGGUUCUUUGGAUACAGCAGCAUCUUAAAAAUAUCAUUAGGCAAUCAGCAGCAGUUUGCAGUAAAAAAACUACUUUGUCAAGAGGAGCAAGUACAGAGAAUGGUAUCUGGAUGCUCUUUUUGCAUUUAGAUCACAUGAGAGCAAAGGCAAAAUAUGUCAAAACUGUGGAAAAAUGGGCUUCAGAUCUAAGGCUGACUGGAAGACUGAUGUUCAUGGGCAAGAUAAUAUUGAUUCUUCUUCAGGGUGACAGGAGCAACAUUAAGGAAUACUUGAUUCAUCAGAAAACUUCUAAGGUAGACGUGGACUCCAGUGGAAAGAAAUGCAAAGAGAAAAUGAUUAGUGUACUGUGUGAAACAAAAGUACAGUCACAGCAUACAAGGUUUCAGACGUUUGAAGUCAAAGACUAUUCAACUCUGGAUGAGCUACAAAAGGAGUUUGAAGCUGCAGGACUUGCAACUCUUUUCUCUGAGUUUGUGCCUCCUCUCUUAAAGUAAAAUUAAAACAAAACACUGGACUGUCUGACCAAAGCAGCAGUUGACUGUGGAUGCUCAUGGAAGAUGAAAAGACUAAUUUGACAAAUGACUCUAAAGCCUCUUUGAGAGAGAGAGAGAAGAAAAGAAGUCGGAAGUAGCCAUCUUUCUGCAAGCAACAAAAGGCAAUUCAUGCAUUAAGAACUGGUGAUGUUUUUGACUUUAUGUGCUGAUAACUGUUUCCAAGGAAUGUGGAGUUAAUUGUGAUAUUUGCACACCAAACAUGAGAGGCUGGGAGUGGGGAGGUUAUAAAUAAAAGCAUCUUCUUCUAAUUAAACUUUCUUUUCCAGUACUUGUUUUCAUUGUUUUGUUUUUGACUCUCUCUCCUGAUAGUGGAUUUUCAAUGAUCUGCUAAAAAGCUUCAUCAGUUUUGCUUUCAAAACUUACGUGAGUGUAUUUCUAUAAAAAGCAUAGUGAAUACAAAUUUGAAUAUGUGAGGUUAGCAUAUGGUUUGUAUGCUAUAAGUGCUCAUCUGCAAACUUUUCCUUCUCCGUUUAUUUGACUCUGUAAAUACUUGAAUGUUGAUUUAAAGAGAAAGUUUGUGUCGCUUGAGACCUGAACAAAUUUUCAAGUGUCUAUUUGAAUAUUACAGUUUUCACCCUAAAAGGUAUAAAAACACCCAAGUGGAGAAUUUGAAUUAGUUUAAAAAGUUGUAUAACAGCUGAGGUAAAGCCAGAUAUUCAUUUAUUCUCAAUUAAAAGAUUUGUGUUGAAAAAAAAUUGUGUUGGUGGAGUCUAAGGUCUUGAAAAGAUGCAGAGGCUCUCUCUGUAUACCGGCAAGGUCUGGCAGGUAUUGAAAACAGUAAAAGGUUUAUGCAUGUGUGGUGUAAGGAAGAUUAAUCAGUAUCUCUCUGCGAUUCUGUAUGUUGUAAGGUUUUGUCAGAUAGAUUUUAUGUCCUCAGCCAAAUCUAUAGUGUGAAAUCCCCCUACUCUUCUGGAAAGAGAAUAGUAAGGUACUUCCAGCACAACUUGCAUCAAAAUCUGAGCCAUUAACGUAUAGCUGGGCCUUAUCUGACUUGCAUAUAAAUCAGUUGAGUAUUAUUUCUGUUGGUUUUUGGGAACUGGAUUGAGCAGUGUACCUCAUAUGUGAUCUUAAAUUGUAUGUGACCGCAAAAGUAGUUGAAGCGCACCAUUGUCUCUUUCUCACUGAUAAAAGCUAGUACAAUCAGCUGAUUAAGAAAAGCUAUUUGUAGGGUCAGUGGCUGCAAGUUGCACUUGGAUAUAAACUCAUAUAUUUCCUUUAAUAUUAUUACCAGAUGCCUUCUUGAUUAACUGUUCGGUCAGAGCUAAUGUUCUGUAGCAGCCAAUUAAAAAAAAUGCUAAAGAAUAAAUGACACAUGGGUAAGUUAUGGUUCUCUGCUAAUCUGUGUUUAUUCUUUUGCCAAAUGAAAGUUGUUCUAAGAAGCUUGAUGAUUUCUGUAUUUCAGGAAGCACAAAAAGCAAUUUAUACAAUAGAUUUCUAUCACUGCUGAAUGUGUUACUCGCUAACUUGAAUUGGACAAAUCAACAAGUCCAGUGUAGGAAGGGAUUGCGGUUUUUCUGCUUGGUUUGGUGCGCUUUAAGAGAAUUACAACUCUGAUCAGCCUGGUACUGUUCAGACAGCAAAGAAUAACAUGAAAACCAAUGUCAGCCUGAUUCUGUCAAAGCAAAUGCUUUUGCCUACCCAUCGAUCAGUCACUUAGUUUGAAGGGUAGGAGUAUAUCUUGUUUUUAGACAAGUAAACACUGUUCUUAAAGGUUGUUCUUUUGGAAAGAUUUUGCAGCUGUCUAUUAACUGAUGGUUUGUUUGCAUGUAUUGUAAAAAGAGAUGGGCAAGUCUGUGAGCCCCUGGGGCAAAAAAAGUCAUAGAAGCACAGACUAUGGUGCAUAUAUUUCCUUCCAAAGGAAGAGAAACAGACACAGAAGAAUAAAAUGCAGGGAAAGGAAGCCAAAACUCCUGAGAAUAGUUAAGUGAGUGCACGUAUCAGUAUCUAAGAAGCAAGUACAGCGUAUAUAGCUAUCGGAGUCAGACACUUCACAUGCAAGGAAAAACAAAGUCCACAAAGAGAAAAUGAUUUAACAAUGAGAAACUAGCUUUGUUGUGGAUAUUGUAAGUAGUUUUUUGAA